AUGGAAAACAACAACGGGGAAGCUAUUGGCAGCCUUCAUGAGAAUCACCAAUCGCCUACCGAGGAUCCACCUGAAUUCUCAGGAAGGCUUCAAGAGGAUACUAAUCAUGUCUUCAGUGGCUCAAAGAUUGACGUGGAGAUAUGGACCAUGAAGAAAGAUUCGGGCUACCAGUGGACUAAGGUCCGGGCUAAGUCAACAGAAGCCCUCGACGAGGCCGUACUAGAGAAUGUUCUUGGAUUGAUGGCACUGAACUUCACGGCUGGCAAUGGCCAGCUCUUGAAUCAUAUGACAAGUCCAUCCUCCAAAGACUUUCAAUCGUCUCGAACGACCAGCGAGUCCCAGGGGAGCCCAGACAGUAGCUUUGAUGUCCUCCCACGUGACCCGACAAAAUCUCUUGCAUCAGCAGCUCUGAGUCUAGAGAAUCUCCAUCAGGGUUUCUCCGUCAAAGAUUUCGUUAGAAUUCUGAAGGAGCUUUCCAUCCCAGGUCCUCUUAAUUUGAUCUCGGCCCUUAAUCAGAGCUUCUUCAUUGCUAGUGGUAGACAGUUCAGUGUCUACCGAGGUGAGGUUGCUCAUUUUGCCGGCCGACCUCAAAAUCAUUUUUUCAAUUUUGCCGUAAAAAAGUGUCACUUUGAGCUUCAAGCGCAUGAGUCUUUAGAUCUCACAAAUGCAAGAACCCGAAGGCAAAUCCAUGACAUGUAUCUUGAAGUACAUGCUCUUGGAGCUACAGCCCUACGUGGACAUCGAAAUAUCGUAGAGCUACUUGGCUGGGCUUUCGAGAAAGACACCACUGCUCUCCCCAUAUUAGUCGUGGAACUUGCAACGGGGAAUCUCUUCAGCUUACUUUCGGGUCCCGAUAUUGGCAGCGAUCACUGGACUGUGAAACAUCACUUAUGUCUAGAUAUCAGCAAUGGCCUGGACGCCAUCCACGAGGUUGGCAUAAUUCACGCGGACUUGAAACCCCAAAACAUUCUCAUCUUCCAAGACUCAAAGCUGCCAGUACCAUACCUGGCUAAAUUAGCCGACUUUGGACUUUCAGCUGUGGAGAUCAACGCUGCAAGCGAGAAGAGAGUGCAUAUAUCUGGCUUCACUAAGGGGUGGGAAGCUCCCGAAAUCACCAGACAUAGGAUCGACAGGCGACCUAUCACAGCUCAAGGAUACUGCAAGGCAGAUAUAUACUCCUUAGGACUAGUAAUUUGGAGCCUAGUCUGUCUGAAUGGGAAGAUCCCUAACAUUGAUCUCGAUUUCGAUAAUUCCAUUAAUGCCAAUAAAGACAUUCCUGAAACAUUCAGUCGCCUCGUCUCCAACGCUUUGCAAAGUUUGCUCAAAUACGAGCCCCGAGAUCGUCCAAGUAAGGCCACAGAUCUAUUUCAUGAUGAGAGUAACGCUUUCAAUUUGUGGGAGAAAGAUUGCGAUUCCUCGCAGUGGGUAGCGCCAGAACAUGGGCAUAAAUAUGCCCCUGAUAACAUGGGUCUUGUACAUGAUUUUUGUCUGCAAGAAAUUGACCAAUAUUCGAUAUUCGGGAGGACUUUAGAGGCUCUCAGUAGACUUGGCAGCGAUGCUUGGGGAAAGGCAGAGCUUUGCUCCCUCUUUCUUCUUGGGACAAAUGUUCAUAUCCAUGAAUGUACCACUGGAGCAUCAGCGCACAUAACAGCGCUUUUGACAGCUGCAGAAAGGGGAUUCGCUCCUGCGCGAGGGAUAGCUCACAGGGUGAUCAAGUCCUACGACAUAGACUUCCCGCUGGAGUAUGAAGGCAGGCGGCUAGAAUGGCUUUUUGACGGCACCGCUGCAGGAUGUCUUGUGGCAAAGGCCGACUUACUUGAAAUAGAUGAGAAAAUGGCCCACAAAGCCACUGCUGUCUUCUGCGAGAAUCAUAAAUAUCUACAGCAUUACGGUCAAUCCGAAGACAUAAGCUUCUGGAACAGCUUGUUCGCGAAUGACUCAGCCAAACAGAGAGAGGGAAAAGACGUAUCUAAAAUCAGCAGAUCCUCCAACCUCCUGCUCUCAAACGCCUUUGAGCAACAGAUCGAGAAACAAAAUGACUUCAUGAAGGAUAAAUUGCUAUACAUUGCUUGCUUGGCGGGAAACGCAGAUAUCGUAAGGCACCUUUGCCGCAUGGGUGUGAAAGCAACGCUCACUGGCCCAUUCAAUGGGGCCACUUGCUUGCAUUGGCUGUUCAAUUUCCCACCAGAGCAUAUGAAAGAGAUUGCAAGGCUUUUGAUAGAAAACGGCGCGAACCUCAACGCUCGAACGCGCGCGAGUGUCCCUGGGAUACGGUGGUUUUUCCCAUUCGCAUGGUCAGCAGGGACUCCACUACAUUGGGCAGUAUCAACUUCAAGUCCAAUAGCGGUGAAAGUGCUCAUCGAAUGCGGUGCUGAUUGCAGCAUCAAAGAUGGCAUUGAUCAAUACAUGUACGAUUCAUCUUUAAGGGACCUCGAUUUGGAAGGACCUGAUGGAUCAUAUUCAAUUCCUUCCUCUCAGGCGGAAGGCUUGGGCGCGAUGGAUAUUGCGGUUGCGAACCAUGACUGGACAAUGAUAGCAGCGUUGGCAGCCAGCCCUUCAGCUCCGAACGAGGUAGCUCGAGGCGACAAAGAGGGACACACCCCUUUCCACAGGCUUGUGUAUAAUUGGAUUGGUCGCAUCUCAUCAGGCGCCCAAUUUGGCGCCAGAUUUUGGUAUGGUGCAUUCUGGGGCGCACCAGACGUUCGCUUCAGAAAUAUAAAGCGUACUAUCAUGGCUUUACAAGCUAUUGGAGGAGACAUCGAUCGUGAAAGUAAGCCUUCGGACGAAUAUCUCCGCUAUCGCGGCUAUGUGGGAAGCCUUACUCCACUGAUGCUGGCGGUGAUGAAGGCGGACGUGAUAGCUGUCCGGGCAAUCCUGUCUUGCGGGGCAAAUCCGGACCUCAACAACAGCCUGGGUUACAACACAUUAUGCGUUUUGCCAGGCGGAGGAGAUCCUGAAGUAUCAUCAGGCAACAUCGCUCCAACGGUCAAAGUGCUCCUGGAGCACGGCGCAAAGCCAAAUAUUCCCUCCCCAUUCCGUGGGCUUUCGCCACUCGCAAGUGCAAUUGGCUCCUUGUCCAUACCUGCGGUGACGUUAUUGCUGCAAGCAGAUGACGUGGGAGGGACGCUUUUACAUUAUGCGGCCUUCGCUGGGCUCGUUCGAGUUGUGGAACGUCUGCUAGAGGCCGGAAUAGACAAGGAAAGAGUCCGGCGAGAGCCCCCCCCAAGGGACAAUUCUGAAUUCCAGGAUAAUGAGGAAGUUCUUCUGGGCCCAGGCACUGCACUUGAGAUGGCAAAGGCCAGCUACAGAUCUUUUGUUGAUCGGGGUGGGAGAUCUACGAGGCAUACGACACUUUCAGAUUACGUAUUCGUGAUUGACAGCUUCAAACGAAUCGAGCAGCUACUUACCCCUUGA